AUGGUCAUGAAAAUUAUUUUCCCAAUAACUCUUUUGGCAGCGCUCUUAUUUUUCAAUGGGAUAAAUGCUUUGAGUCAGGUGGAAGCUACCACCCCUGCCACAUUGCUUUGUUUGGUCAAUAAAGAACGUAUAAGGGCUAGGGUGAGGCCUUUGGCACUUGAUGCUCGCCUAGUUAAAUCCGCCCAGCUUCACACGAAUUACAUGGUAAGAGCUGGGAAUCUCACGCAUGAUGAUGCGGAUGGGUCAUUGGGCAAAAGAAUCGAUAACGUGGGGUUUGAUUGGUACUCGGCGGGCGAAAACAUCGCGUAUGGCUUUGACUCGGAAGAUGAAGUUGGUGUCAUGAAAGCGUAG